UAUUCAGUCGAUUCGAAGACCACGUUUAGUUUGUUUUCAACGAAAAUAAAUGCAGAUAUUAGUGAUAAUUUCAGUAGAUUUCAAUAAACGAAAACAUGACUAUAGAAUUAAAUAUAACAACAACUACGCAGCCUACACGCUGUCGGCCCGAGCCAGCCGUAACACCGUUAAAAGAAAAGAAAAUAUUAUCGAAAGGCAUUGCACCAAAUGGUUUUAGAUUUGAAUUCGGGGAAGGUAAACAAAAAAUCAAGGCAUUGGUGGCGAGAAGAAUUGUAAAAAAGAACGGAUCCCAAGCAAGUACUGAUAGCAGCAAUAGAAUUAAACCGAUCACCACAAACCCGUUCGGCUUAUUGUCGAAAUCAAAAUCCAAGAUUAGAGACGCAGAUGAUGGUGAGACUUCUGUAAAAAAUCGUUUCAAAUCUCCAUCAAAAUCAAAAAAUGUAAAAAGCAAAGUGCGUUGUAAUGCCACAGAAAGUCCGACCACUGCUGCUACUACUUCAACAGACAGCUUUACCGAAAAGCAUGCUAGUAAAGAACCUUCGGAAGAUCUACUGCUAAAUGUUUGCACAACUCCGGUUCCACAACAUUUAAAUCAACGAACUGCGAACCAAAUUGAAAAAAAUUCGGAAAGUCGCAAAGGAAAAGGAUGGAAACGUGUUUUAACGGACCAAGAAAUUAAAGAUGGUCUUAGCAAAUUUUCUAGAAAUUCCGCUGCAAAUAUACAUCCUGCUGAUAAGUUUUAUCAGCGAGAAGAUGAACAGAAAAGCAAAGCGGAAGGACAAAGUAAAGAGCUAAUCAGAUCAAAGAAACCUAAAUCUAACGAUUCAAAGGUACGAAAAGUUGGUCUGUUUAAAGAUGAUUUCGUUAAGGUUGAAUUAGGACAACGCUUGGUAAAACCGAUAACUGAAAAAAUCUUCAGUGACUGCGCGGUGGAGUCUUUGGGUUUACAUCCUCAUGCUGUUAAAAAUUUAGCAGAUCUGUUAAGCAUAACCAAAUUAACUGCAGUGCAGAAUAAAACUAUACCCCAAGCUUUGCAAGGCAAAGAUCUUUUAGUUCGUUCUCAGACUGGUUCGGGAAAAACGUUGGCGUACGCCUUGCCUGUAGUAGAGAAACUUCAAGCUAUUCGUCCUAAAUUGACACGUGAAUGCGGUAUACAGGCUGUGAUUAUUGUGCCGACUCGUGAAUUGGCCAUACAAACGCAUGAAUUGUUCCAAAAGCUAAUAAAACCUUACACUUGGUUGGUGCCUGGCGUUUUAAUGGGCGGUGAGAGACGAAAAGUAGAGAAGGCUCGAUUACGAAAGGGCAUUAAUAUAUUGGUGGGUACACCGGGACGUUUGGUAGAUCAUCUUUUGCACACUGCCACUUUUAAAAUGGAAAAGGCAAAGUUUUUAAUACUCGACGAAGCCGAUCGCCUAUUGGAAAUGGGUUAUGAACGAGAUGUAGGACAAAUUGUGGAAGCAAUCAAUAAACAACGUGAAGAAAAAGCUAAUGAAGCUCCCAAUUCAUUAGAGCCGUUGCAAAAAAUGCUGCUUUCUGCGACACUGACAGCAGCGGUGAAAAAGUUGGCCGGUCUGACCCUACAAGAAGCUAUAUUCAUCGAUAAUUGUGAUGAAGACUCUGUCAACUGUGGCUCCACAAUCGGUGGGGGCUAUAGCAAAGAAGUCAUAGAAGCUGCUGCCAAUGAUGUAGUAGAUGACGGAGAUGAUUCCACUGGAAUUUUAACAAUACCGGAAAAUCUGAAACUGCAAUAUGUGCAAGUGCCCGUGAAAUUACGUUUGGUUAUUUUAUCUGGUUUAUUGCUGCACGAAUAUAAAGGCAAAGACAAAUUUAAAGCAUUAAUUUUUAUGAGCACCAUGGAAAUGGUGAACUUUCAUCACGAUCUACUAAACGAAGAACUUACCCAAAAAAUUUUGGAUGAAGAUGAUGACGAAGUCACAGAAAACGAAUUAAGUAAUGAACGGGAAGUACGGGAACCCUUAUUAAAGGGUCUGAGAUUUUUUAAAUUACAUGGUUCAAUGUCUCAAACGGAAAGACAAGGGGUUUUCAAAGGUUUUCGUCUAUGCAAAAAUGGUGUUCUACUAGCUACGGAUGUUGUCGGUCGUGGAAUCGAUGUUCCUGAAAUAGAUUUGGUUGUCCAAUAUUCGCCACCACAAAAAACUGCCGAUUUUGUGCAUCGCGUCGGCCGUACGGCUCGUGCAGGGUGUAGUGGUCGUGCUGUACUCUUCUUAGCGCCUAGUGAAGUUCAGUUUGUAAGAUACUUGGAAAAUAAACGAAUUAGAAUUUCUCAGCUCGAAAUGGAUACAUACUUAAAAGUUUUGAAUGAAGCCGAUCGUAUGGCCAAUACUGUCCAAGAAGCAGCUUCUAAUUUGCAACACCAUUUUGAAGAGCUGUUAACCGAGGACAGAGAAAUGCAUGAGAAAGCAUGUAAAGCUUUUGUUUCCUGGACUAAAUUUUAUACGACGUUUCCCAAGGAGCUGAAGCCUAUAUUUAAUGUGAAAAACGCUCAUAUGGGGCAUUUUGCCAAAAGCUUUGCUCUCAAGGAACAGCCGACAGCAUUUGCGAGAAAGCAUAAUGCACCGAAACCGCAACCUCCUACCAAUCGAUUAACCUAUACGGAAAGAGACGCUGAAAAAAUCAAACAGGAAAAGAGAAAAAGAAAGCAUCGUUUCGCUAGUACAGUAACCGGAGAUGUGCGUAACAGCAACAUGCAUCAUUCAAAUUUCCCAAAUAAAUUAGCAAAAAUGAUACCAAGUUCAAGAUCUUUAACGAUAUCGGAAUUUGAUAGUGGAAUGCCGGCACCUAAAAAACGUAAACAUUAAAUAGUGAAAUUUUGUUGUUGUUUAAAUUCAACUUAAGCUUAUCCAACUAGUAAACGAUUUGUGUAUGAAUUUUGCUUUAAAUAAAAUCGUUAAAAAGCUUUUACAACUAA